AUGUCUUCGAGUAUACCGCCACGCACCGGGCCUCCUGAUGCCUCCAUCAAUGUGACCGGAGAUAUAUUCCAGAGUGAGGUUCAGGUUGAUGAGUUUGGCACCGUGACACGGGGAGAACCGCUUACAGCCUGCUCUCCAUCUGCGACCGUUGAUUACAGUCAGCGGACAAACUUGGCAACUUCAGGGUAUACCUUUGAAUGGAUCGCAGCUUCAAGGAGAGUCCACAGCCGUCAUCACGACAUUGCUAGCAGCACAACAGCAGGAACAAGAGGCGGAGCCGACCACCGAAAUGGCAACGGCACGCCGAAGAAGCGUCAACUAAAGAAGCGUCCGGACAAAGUUGACAACGUGUUCGCCAGCGGUCCGUUGCAGUGUUUGCCAGCGGUCCGUUGCAGUGUUUGCCAACGGCUCGCUGCACUGAUUGUCAAGCUCAUUCGGCGCGCAUCUGAGGGCAACCCUGAUGCGCAGCGUGAACUUCUAUGGAGCCCUCCAGCACUGACAGAUGAGGAUCAGCCACCCAUCGAUGAAGCUGCUGAAGCCAACAACUGGCGCGACCGAAUCAACACACUCGAGGUUCCAGAAUCAGCGCUUCAAGAGAACUCCACUCCCGUGCUCAAGUUCCCGAUUCCUGAGAACCCAGUGGAUAUCAAGAACAAGCGGAACCACAAGAAACAGUGGGAAAACCUCGACGCGACGUAUAGCAAGGAUGCUAUCGAGAAGGUCAAUGAAGUGAUGGCUAACCACCUUGCUGGCGGAGGCCUAGGGCAAGUAAGAAGGUACUGGAAGUGUACCAAUGCUCACUGCGAUAAUGUUGACAACACUUGCUGGGUUGACCUCAACCCAGGUGAGGAGUUACCUGGUAGAAUUGAGCAACACCAUGAGCUGCCUGGACCCAUUAUCAUGAACUGGGAUCGAGAGAUCAUCUGCGGUACCUCAACGCUGGAGGUACCAUCCCAGAACAUCAUCAGGCAGAUCUAUGGCUUCAAGAACAGGGAGAAAAGGUCAUCAGUGAAGGUUUCAGUCUACAGGAGCGGCCUUGACCAGAAAAUUGAUCGCCUUGUGGCGCUGGUCACUGUUGUGGCCACAGUCCAAGCAACCUCUGCACUCAACAGCACUGUUGGCAAUGGGGCUAAUAGGGGGCUUGCCGGUAUUGAAGUUCAAGGGCUUAUCCAGGAUGCAAUGGGUGGUUGA